AUGAGCACAGUGCGACGGCGCAACCAGCCAAAGCGCAACGCCUCAGCGCCCGCCAACCAGCUCGAUACCGACGAUUCCUCGCCCGCUCCCUCUCGACCUGACUCGCCCGAUGUUGACAAAGCGCCAGUGAGGGAGGUCCCGCUGUUCAAGCGGAGGCUGAAGAAGGGGGAUGGCAAGGUGGAAGACCCGAAGGUCAUUCUGGACGAGAAGACGGGCAGGGUUUCUCUCGACUUUCCAAGGACGCCCUACGACCAGCUCGACCUGAGCGAUUCGUUCCUCGCCGCCUUGCACGAGGCACCCUUCGAGCCGAAGAAGACGUGGACAAAGCGGCGGAGAGGCUGGUUCUUCUUGGGAGGAUUGCUCGGUCUCUGCGCAGGCUGGAUGUUCACCGAGGGCGACCCACUCGCCUCUCUCGCCAAUCUCGACCUCGAUGCCUUCUCAUCCUGGGAUCUUCAGUCAAUCCUCGCCGACAUGCCUUCCCUUUCCGCUCUCAACGUCACUGAACUCCUGGCGCCAGGUCGAGAAUGGCUAAACAGCCGAGUGAACAACUUUGACGUCGGGCGAGACGCGGCUGCGCGAGGGUUGAAGAAGAAGCAUGCGGUCAUUCUGGUGCCGGGCAUCAUCUCGUCGGGUCUCGAGUCGUGGUCAACCAAGCCAGACGCCGCACCCUUCUUCCGUUCGAAGGUCUGGGCGGGAACCUCGAUGAUCCGCGCCGUUAUCAAGAACAAGGAGGCGUGGGUCAAGGCGAUCAGCCUUGAUCCAUUCACUGGCUUGGAUCAGGAUGGGUAUAAGAUACGAGCUGCUCAGGGUCUCGACGCCGCCUCCGCUUUCAUGCCUGGGUACUGGAUCUGGCAGAAGGUCAUCGAGAAUCUGGCGGUUCUGGACUAUGACCACAACGACCUGUCUCUCGCAUCUUACGAUUGGCGACUUGCGUUCUACAACCUCGAAGUGCGAGAUCGCUACUUCUCUCGGCUCAAGGCUUCGAUAGAGUUCAAUCUCGCCAUCAGCGGUCAGAAGACGGUUCUCGUCUCGCACAGCAUGGGCUCUUCGGUUCUUCUCUGGUUCUUCAAGUGGGUCGAGUCGCCGAAGUACGGCAACGGCGGACCAGACUGGGUUGAGCGGCACGUCUCGGACUGGGUCAAUGUCGCCGGCACGAUGCUCGGCGUUCCGAAAGCUAUGGCCGCCCUCCUCUCGGGCGAGAUGCGCGACACGGUUACGCUCUCUCCCGCCGUCAUUUACCUCCUCGAACGCUUUUUCUCCCGCUCCGAACGCGCCAAGCUGUUCCGCUCGUGGGCCGGAGCGGCGAGCAUGAUGCUGAAGGGCGGAAAUGACGUCUGGGGCGAUGAGCAACAGGCGCCGGACGACAUGGACGAGUCGACAAUCACGGGCGGAAAGCUCUACUACUUCCGGCCUGAGAAUUACUCGAAUACGUCGGAAGUGACGGAAGACGCCGUCCACCCGAACCUUACACUCAACGACGCAACAAGCUUUCUUCUGGAGAAGGUCCCGCCGUCUUACCAGCAGAUGCUGGCGAGUAAUUUCUCGUUCGGCUUCGAGCGCGACGAGGAGCAGCUCGUCAAGAACAACGACGACCACUCGAAAUGGAGCAAUCCGCUCGAGGUGCAGCUGCCGAAGGCGCCGUCGAUGACCAUCUACUGCUUGUACGGCGUCGGCAAAGAGACGGAGCGGGCGUACUUCUACCAGCAGGGCGGCUACGAGCACGACGAGACGCCAACCGUCAACCUCACGGACUCCGGCGCAUCCAGCCCUGAACCUGUUUGUCUCGAGCCAAACUGCACCGACUCGACGCCGCGCCCGCCGCUCGACCUGCCGCUUCAGCGACGCGUUUGGAUCGAUGGCAGCGUGACCAUGGACGAGAAGAGCGUGCCGAAGGUCAGGAGCGGAGUCGUCUUCAACGACGGCGACGGGACGGUCAGCUUGCUCAGCCUGGGCAGCAUGUGCAUCGAGGGCUGGAAGCGACCUCUGUACAAUCCGGCGGGCAUCAAGGUCGUUACGCACGAGAUCUUGCAUGCUCCGCUCGCUUUCGAUCCACGAGGUGGACCAACGACCGCAGACCAUGUCGACAUCCUCGGAUCAUCCGAACUGAACGACGCGAUCCUCGACAUUGCUGCUGGCCAAGGCGAACGCGUCAAGGACCAGUACCAUUCGCGGAUUCAGGACAUUGCGCGCAAGAUCAGGUGGGAGGGCUGA